AUGUACUCUGAUAACGGUACGACGUUCGCAGGAGCCGACGCUAAAUUGACAAAAGCUUAUCAGAGCGCAAUGCGCAACCCCGAGUUCCAGAGCAAAAUUGCCACCGAUAACAUUAGCUGGCAGUUCAUUCCUCCCCAUGCUCCGCAUUUCGGCGGUCUUUGGGAGGCCGGAGUUCGCAGUGUCAAGCAUCAUCUUAGACGAAUUUUGGGCCCUCACACUCUCACGUAUGAGGAAUUUUCUACUCUGUUAUGCCGCAUCGAGGCUUGCCUCAAUUCUCGGCCCAUCGGUCCGCUUACAGAUACUUUCGACGAUUAUAACCCCCUUACACCGGGGCAUUUCUUAAUCGGAUCUCCCAUCACGGUGAAUCCCGAACCGUCCAUUCUCUCCGUAAAUGAAAGUCGACUCUCGCGGUGGCAAUUAAUUCGUCAAUUGACAGAGCAGUUUUGGAAAAUCUGGCAGAGCGAUUACGUCAAUACUUUACAACAGCGAGUUAAAUGGAAGCAAGUACAACCGUCUGUGAAGCCUGGCUUAAUGAUAUUAAUUCGUAAUCCGUUGCUUCCGCCGUGCAAAUGGGAGCUAGGUCGGAUCACACAAUGUCAUCUCGGAUCCGACGGAUACGUUCGCGUCGUUACCGUGCGCACCGCUCAUUCUGAAUAUAAACGGCCGAUAGUUAAGCUAUGCGUACUACCCAUCGAUAUCGAGUCUUCGACUAACGGUUCUCCGAGCGAUAAUUGA